AUGGAGCCUUCAAAAGACUCAUUUCCAAGCCAACCUAUUUUGGGGAGGCUCACAAGAAGUAUGAUACCUGAGACUUUAAGGAGGAAGAGAAAAGUCCAGGUCUCCAAGGGGAAGCACGGAGCUGGCGUAGGUCCUGCACUUCCUGUGAGAAUCACCAGCUGCAUUUUCCAGAAGCCUGUGACUCCAAUAACUUCCAACCCUGGCAGUCAGACCAGGCGCAGGCAGAGGGGAGAGAAGCUGGAGAGGCCCCAGCAACUCUGCGCUUUUGGGAGGCUGCAGGGACUCCAGAUCCGAGGUCGAGAGGCAGAUGUGGGCCAGCUGGAUUUUGCCAGUGCCUUAAAGAUUAUUGCGCUGGGAAUGCAGAACAAACGCCCGGCUGGAGCUGGAGCUGGUCGGCACGUUCCCCAGCAGCUCACCUCUGGCCAGUCCUCUUGUUGGAGAGACAUGAUCCACGGAGGUCUGACUGCUUCGCCAUCCUUAUACAGCCAAGGGGUAACUACCGCAGACAUCCAGAGACAGACAGAGAAGGUGAUGGAAGUGAGGAAGAGGUUGGCUGAAGCCCUGGAGGCGGACAGGCUUGCUAAGAGAAGGCAUGUGGUCUGA